CACCAUUGCAAACCGCCACAUCCUCUCAGACCUGUACUCUUCCUCUGUUCACGCACGAUACUGAUAGACAUAGCACGUCCGCCCGUAGUGACGCCGCCACGAUGAGCAGCCAGCAUGACCUCAACUGUUUGAACAUAAAAGAGCUCGAAUUACUUGCCCAUGAACGUAUGGACAAGCAGACCCGUGACUAUUACAACGAAGGCGCAGAUUCUGGCUCCACUCUUCGUGAGAACAUCACGGCUUAUGAGAAGUACCGCAUUCGUCCUCGUGUCCUCCGAGAUGUCUCCAAUAUUGAUACCUCUGUCAAUAUCUUCGGCUUCAGAAGCAGCAUACCCCUGGGUGUCGCACCCACAGCAAUGCAAUGUCUCGCUCACUCGGACGGCGAGCUAGGCACUGCAGGCGCCUGCAGGAAAGCCAAUGUUGCUAUGGGGUUGUCCUCCUUUGCGACCAAGACGCUAGAAGAGGUCGCACAAGCAAGUGGCCAUAUUCCGAAUGUCCUUCAGUUAUACUUGUUUGAGGAGAAGGAACACAGCAUCAAACUAAUCCAACGUGCGAAGAAAGCUGGCUUCAAAGCUGUCUUUCUCACAGUUGACACUCCGUUUCUUGGACGGCGUAACCUUGAGAUUAGAAACCAGUUCAAGCUGCCUGCGCACUUCAAGAUUGCAAAUUUUGCAGACGACGAUCCGAUGCAACCUGAGAAUGAGGGAAAUACACCAAAACGGCCACAGCUCGAGAGAAAGAAAUCGGAAGCGGGAUAUCUUGACGAUGAUGGUAAGCGUGUGGCGCCAACAGGUCCUAUCACUUUCCAUUCUCAUGCACCAAACCCAACACUAUCUUGGGAGCGUGAUAUCGACUGGCUCAAGAAAGAGUGCGGCAAUGAUAUGCAGGUGUGGGUGAAAGGCGUCGCCACAGCCGAAGACGCCAUCUUGGCCCUGCACCACCAAGUCGAUGGAAUUGUUGUCAGCAAUCAUGGAGGUCGUCAGCUGAACGGCGCUCUCGCCACGCUCGAUGCUCUGCCUGAAAUCGUUGACGCAGUAGGCGGAAAGAUUCCUGUCCACGUUGAUGGCGGCAUUCGCCAUGGCACGGAUGUCUUCAAGGCAUUGGCCCUAGGCGCUGAUUUUGUCUGGAUUGGCAGACCUGUGCUCUGGGGUCUUGCAUACAAAGGCCAAACCGGCGUCGAGCUGUGCCUGAAGCUCCUGAGCGAUGAAAUCAGGCUAUGUAUGGCUCUUGCUGGAACCGUUAAAGUGGCGGAUAUUACCAAGGAAUAUCUAGUCAAGAUUGAUAAAAGCGGAUUCAUCUCACGAUUGUGAUAGUGCUGACCUGUGUUACUUCAGUGUUAUCUGCACAUACGCGUAGAUUAUAGCCAUGUAGCGAAAGAAUAAUAGAGACCAAAGCACACUUUCACUGUGGAAAGUAGAUGAUCCAUCAUUGCGACGGCUACUUCGUUCCUGGCAAUAGCAGGGUUGUAAGAUGAGAAAUGCUGCGACAAGACUGCAGUUGCUGCUAUCGUUGUCUUUGCAAAUUGAGAGUGGAGGCACAAUAAUCUUGUUGCGAGUGCGAGGCUUUGCUUCUCGGCUAAGCACAAGGAGCAGAAGAAAAGUGAUCUUCAACGUGCCGGCUCACUGCGAUCUCAUCUCCUUCGAAUUCUUCACAGAUCGGGCACUUGGCAGUAGCCGUGGUCAGUGUCGGUUCUGUCGUUUGAGCUUCAAUUUCAUGCUCAUUGCGGAGGUCCGGCAUGAAAUCAGCGAACGUCCUCGGUGGCGGCCCGUCCGCAUAGUCGCGAGCAUCUGUCGCAUGCUUGAAAACUGUUGAACUGGCUCCGACAGCUCGAGAGGUAACUGCCGGCGGAGGCACCGUGGACAUUCGUUGCACUCUGCCUACUCUACCGUCACGCAGCCGUACCUUGAUUCCUCUCGGGUGGUUCCCGCGUGUCAACAGGUCCUGGACUAUGCCUUGAACUUCUUUGCCAGUGGGUUGAUCUUCCUUUAAUACGAUCGAAACCUCAGCACCGGGUACGACUUCUUGUAUUGAGGGCACCGACUUGUAGUCCGGGCUUGAAUAGUGGCCUCUGCCACCACGAUGGCCUCCUCGGCCUCGAGCUCGCGUCUGCUGCUGACCAUCACCAUGAGGCUGGCGAUUGCGAGGCCGGUUCAUCUUGGUGCUCG